AUGACUCUUUGGGUAUCGCGGCACCCUAAUCUCGACAUACCAACGCAAAUUACAUCCUGGGAAUGGGCCUUUGAGUCUCGAGACUUUUCUCCGCUACAACAAAAACAAAAGCCUUUGGCGCUUGGCGGUUAUAGCAAUGCCAUCACCGGGGAGCGGCUUGACUUUGCUGCCGUCAAGGAGAUUGCUACCAAGCUGAGCACGGUUCUGGCUCGCAAAUAUGGCCUUGCACCGGACCAAACUGUGUCCUUGUUCAGCACAAACACAAUAUGGUACCCCGUAGUCAUGUGGGCAACGGUGAGGAUUGGGGCCCGUGUCAAUGGUGCAUCGCCAUCAUAUACCGUGGAAGAAAUGGCAUAUGCACUCAAGACUGCAGAAGCAAAGAUUCUCAUGACUCUACCCAGCUCUCUAGAGAUUGCAGUGGAUGCCGCCACUCAAGCAGGCAUUCCCAGACAGCAUGUCUUUCUGCUCGAGGGUUCGGCACCGGGCUAUCUUAGCGUCCAAGAUCUGAUUGCUCAGUACGAUAGCGAAAGGUAUAGCCCGGUUCCAUAUUUCAGAAUUCCAGGGGGCCAGACAAACAAGGACGUUUGCGGCUACUUGAACUUUAGCUCUGGCACGACUGGCCACCCGAAAGCUGUCAUGCUGUCGCAUCAUAAUGUGAUUGCUCAGUGUCACCAGCUUCGACAGCUUCAGGUCUUGCCAGAGGAUGGACGAUAUCGCAUUCUCGCAGUAAUGCCACUCUUUCACAUUACUGGUCUGGUACGCUUCUGCACCUAUCCAGUAUUCAUGAACGGGGAAAGUAUCAUGCUCCCUCAGUUCACCAUGGACGCAAUGCUUCAAUCAAUCAUAAAGUACCGGAUGGAGGAGUUGAUUCUCGUCCCACCCAUCAUUGUGCGCAUCGUUCGCGAUCCAGUUGUCGACAAGUAUUUGCCAGAUCUUAGGCGCAUAGUCAAGCGUUGGUCGUCUGGAUCGGCACCGUGUCUACCAGAGGUUACCGAGCAACUGCACCGAAAGUUCCCCAAGACCGGGUUUCGUCAGGGCUACGGGGCCACCGAGUCAACUGCGUGCAUUUCCUCCCACCCACCUUCGCAUUUCGACUUCAAAUAUGCCAGAAGCGGCGGUCUCCUUAUGGCGAACACGGUGGCCAAGGUCAUAUCUUUGGACGAUCCGAACAAGCUGCUCAAACCUGGUGAAACGGGCGAGAUCUGUGCAGCUGGCCCACAGAUUGCCAUGGGCUAUCUUGGGAACGCUGCCGCAACAGAAGAGUCAUUUGAUGCGGAUGGCUUCCUCCAUACUGGCGACGUAGGGCACAUAACCGAAGACGGCCUGAUCUAUAUAGAAGAUAGAAUAAAGGAGAUGAUCAAGGUCAAGGGGCUUCAAGUGCCACCGGCCGAGCUGGAGGAUGUCCUGAUGGGGCAUCCAGACGUGGAAGAAUGCGCCGUGUUGGGAAUCGCAGAUCCAUACUCAGGUGAACGGCCCAAAGCCUAUGUCGUCGUCAAAGACGGGACUGCUCCAAGCGGCGCGAUGGGCAAACUAUUGAUUGACCUGGUCAAGCAGAAGAAAGUCCGAUACAAGUGGCUCGUAGAGGUAGAAUUUACCGAGUCGUUGCCGAGAAACGGGACUGGAAAGCUCCUGAGACGAGUCUUGAAGGCACAGGAACGAAACGGGGAUAGAAGUAGAGGCCUAUGCGUCAGCGAUGUUGAUAGAGUCCAGGCCAAACUCUAA